AUGAACGGGACUGUCUCUGUCGUAGCCCGGUUAGCAGUGUACUCUGGUAUUCCAGUUCGGAGCAAGUAUGACUUCAACCUCGACAUUCCUGGAGACGCAAUGGGAAGCCAUAUGAAGGAUAAGGCGGAGAAAAAGCAGCUCUAUGGCAUGCUCGUAUCUUGGAAGGCAUCAAAGGGCGUGCUAACAGCUAUAUCGGCGUGCAUGCUGGAGCUAUUCUUGUGGAGAAUCCAUGUAGCCCUCGGCGUGAUUGGUGUUGUGCUCAUCGAGCUCGGACUCAAGGCGCUCACUCUUUUGCCUUUUCCAUUCAUGGAACUACCUACCCCUUGUGAAGAUGGCCGUCGAUCGCGGAAUAUUAACUUUUCAGCACUCACAGCGUCAGACUAUGGAAUCACUAGGGUCAGCGAAGGCGGAUAG